AUGGUGGGGAACCUCAUCAUCAUCCCCGUUGGUAUCACCUUCUUCAAGGAUGAGACCACGGCCCCCUGGAUCGUGUUCAACGUAGUGUCGGACACCUUCUUCCUCAUGGACCUGGUGAUGAAUUUCCGGACGGGGAUAGUCAUUGAGGACAACACGGAGAUCAUCCUGGACCCUGAACGCAUCAAGAAGAAGUACCUGAAGACAUGGUUCGUGGUGGACUUGGUCUCCUCCAUCCCUGUGGAUUAUAUUUUCCUCAUCGUGGAGAAGGGCAUCGACUCGGAGGUCUACAAGACCGCCCGGGCUCUGCGCAUCGUCCGCUUCACUAAGAUCCUCAGCCUUUUGCGGCUGCUUCGCCUUUCGAGGCUUAUCCGUUACAUUCACCAAUGGGAGGAGGUAAGAUUGUUUAUUCAUUUGCAGCCUUCCUUAACCCACUGGUUUUCCCCAGAUUUUGCUGGACUACAGCUCCCUUCAGCAGCAGUGGUCAAGGAUGAUAGGAGUUGUGGUCCUGUAGUCUUUCAGCACCAUGGAGAGCUCUGAGCUUGGGGUAGUUGUUUCCCUGAAGCACAGAGAGCUUCCAAAUAGGUGGGGAGCUGUGCUGGUCCCAGGAGGGGGGGUGUUACUGCGAGGCGUGGUCAGAGUCCGGUCCUGCGUCGAGGGUCUGGAGACUAUCCACCAAGGGCAAAGCGGAGUCCAAAGCAAGAAGCCGGGUGUGGACGGGAACUCCGGAAGAACAGGUCUGGGUGCUGGCAGAAACAGGUUUCCAACAACGUUGCUCCCACAACCUGGGCCUGGGCUGAAGCCUUUAUCUCCUCUGAGGCCAGGGGCGGUCCCGGCCCACAGGUGACCCGCCUCUCCUGGCUUUAAGGCGAGCACUCCUCCUGAGAGAACUUAGUUCCCUCCGCCUCUCUGCCCUGAGCCUCUGCAGCUCAUGUGAGGCUGGAGGGUUACUGGACCCAGAGGCAGCCUCACCUUCCCCUGACACGGCUGGGAGAGGAGCACCUGCAGGCAAUGGGUCCUCAAUCACCCCCGGAGCCAGAGUGGAUUCAUCUGGUGUCUGCUCCUGAGGAUCUGGCACAGGUGCGGGCCCUUCAGAUUCAAGGCCCUGGCCCGGCUCAGCCGGCCCUGGAGGCCGGGACUCCUGUGCAGGCUGGGAUUCCUCCGGUUCAGCCUUUGAAUCAGAUUCCCAGGCCAUCACAGGAGCUCAGGCAAGUCAUGCAGUACCAUGGAGAGCUCUGAAGUGGCCAUUCAGUGUUAUAAAGGAAUUUGAGGUUGUGUUUCAAUACCAUGGAGAGCUCCAAGAGCUCAUUCAGCGCAAUGGAAUUUCAGGUGGUCUUUCAGUACCAUGGAGAGCACCAAGUGGUCGUUCAGGACCACGGAGAGCUCCACAAUUGUCUUUCCGUGCUGUUGCUCCCCAUUUGUGGAAUCCUUUCCCCAGGAAGGCUCGCCUGGUGCCUUCAUUAACAUAUCAUUAACAUUAGGCUCCAGGCAUAAAUGUUUCUCUAUAACCAGGCCUUGGGCUGGUUAACAUCCUAUGGCCUUUGAAACGUGUUUGUCGUAGGGGGUUGUUGGUCUGGUUUUUUUUUGUUCUGGGACCCAAAAUUUGGAUUGAGCCCAGAACAAACCAGGGGCUGGCUUUUGGGCCAAGGUUUUCUCCAGAGUUACAAAUCCAGAUGGGAUUAAACUGGCCCCUGGCAACCUCUGCCUGUCCUCUCUUCCACGACCUAAGCUAGAUGGAGGCUAUGAUGAUGGGGGAGAACCUUGAGAUCCUUGGAGGAAAAUGGAGAUGUACAUGAAAAACACAAGAAACAUACAUUUUUAAUAGAUAGUGGUUAAAGACAUAUGGUUGAAUAAAUGGAGACAGCCUGGUCUUCCCACUUUUCAGGAAGAAAUGUCAGAUGUGGAAGAUUGACGGUCCUCAGAAGGAUAUUGCAGAGCUGGAGAGGGUUCAGAAAUGGGCGAUCCAAAUUAUCAGGAAAUAACCCACACGCCUCCCUCUGAUGAGGAAGGGGUACAACAUCUGGGAUUUUUUAGUUUAGGGGGGAAAUCAGCAAGGGGGGAUGUGAUAGAGGUUUGGAAAAUAAAUGCAUGCCAUGCAGAAAGGAUAGGGACACGGGUGGUGCUGUGGGUUAAACCACAGAGCCUAGGACUUGCGAAUCAGAAGGUUGGCGGUUUGAAUCCCCGCAAUGACGGAGUGAGCUCCCACUUCUUGGUCCCUGCUCCUGCCAACCUAGCAGUUUGAAAGCAUGUCAAAGUGCAAGUAGAUAAAUAGGUACUGCUCUGGCAGGAAGGUAAACGGCGUUUCCGUGCGCUGCUCUGGUUCGCCAGAAGUGGCUUAGUCCUGCUGGCCACAUGACCCGGAAGCUGUACGCCGGCUCCCUCGGCCAGUAAAGCGAGAUGAGCGCCGCAACCCUAGAGUCGGCCACAACUGGACCUAAUGGUCAGGGGUCCCUUCACCUUUACCUAUGCAGAAAGGAAAGGGGAAGAGUUUUUUCUCCUCUCACAGUUUAGGGAAGUUUUUAAUGUUUGAUGUUUUAUUGUGUUUUUAAUAUUCUGUUGGGAGCCGCCCAGAGUGGCUGGGGAAACCUGGACAGAUGGGCGGGGUAUUUUUGUGUGUGUGUAAAUAAAAUCAUCAUCAUCACCACCACAACACUAGAACUUGGAGCAAUCCAAGUAGUGUUAGAAACUAAGAUAAUAUAAGCUAGGAGCCAAAUGGCUCCUUAAUUCAAGGUUGCAGCUGCCAAAACAGAAUGCCUUGUUGCCAUUUUGGGGCAAGACAGCUCUAAAGCCUUUUUUAUUGAUUGAUUGAUGGGCUGUGAUUGAUUCGCAGUGAAAUAUCUGGCUAGUUCAGUUGACAACUUUGAGCUGAGUUAAGAGCUUUGAGAACUUAAAGAAGAAAAGUCCCUUGAUCCAGGGUCAAGUCCACAUAAUUAUUAACCUGUCCCUACUUCUUUUUCUUAAUGGUGACACGGAUCAUUCAUAACUUAAGAAUAUUCUUCACAACCGUCUUCCGUUGUCUUCUGUGUACAGUGGAUGUUGUGUGGGAAUAUGUUGUUGUUGUUGUUUAGUCAUUUAGUGGUGUCCGCCUCUUCGUGACCCCCUGGACCAGAGCACACCUUCUGCAGUUUGGUCAAGCUCAUGCUGGUAGCUUCGAGAACACUGUCCCACCAUCUCGUCCUCCGUCGUCCCCUUCUCCUUGUGCCCUCCAUCUUUCCCAACAUCAGGGUCUUUUCCAGGGAGUCUUCUCUUCUCAAGAGGUGGCCAAAGUACUGGAGCCUCAGCUUCAGGAUCUGUCCUUCCAGUGAGCACUCAGGGCUGAUUUCCUUCAGAAUGGAUAGGUUUGAUCUUCUUGCAGUCCAUGGGACCCUCAAGAGUCUCAUCCAGCACCAUAAUUCAAAAGCAUCAAUUCUUCGGCGACCAGCCUUCUUUAUGGUCCAGCUUUCACUUCCAUACAUCACUACUGCGAAAACCAGAGCUUUAACUAUGCAGACCUUUGUUGGCAAGGUGAUGUCUCUACUUUUUAAGAUGCUGUCUAGGUUUGUCAUUGCUUUUCUCCCAAGAAGCAGGCAUCUUUUAAUUUUGCGGCUGCCGUCACCAUCUGCAGUGAUCAUGGAGCCCAAGAAAGUAAAAUCUCUCACUGCCUCCAUUUCUGUGUGGGAAUAUACUUGCCGUGAAAGGCUUUUCUAAUUUGUGGGUUGGGAAGGAAAAAAAAACCUCAAUCUCUUUCUGACCUGGAGGCAAAUUUAGUCCUCUGUCCAUGGUGCUAAAGCCACACUCCUAAGCGGUUUCUGCAAGUCUAUGAUUUUCUCCCUCGAUUUGACACUUCGUCGCUCAUUAACAGGGAGAGAUCCUCAGUUUUACCACCUUAAAUGACGAUGAGCGACAACGAGGAACAAGACACGGGCAGCUCAGAUCCUAACUGAGCAAAUUCUGCAAUAGGAAGCCGGGACCGGUAUAAACAAGGAGAAAAAUAAAGGGCUUCAGUUUGGCAUAUGCAGCUACUUACUUGAAAGUAAAUGAUGCUGAACAGAGUGUGAUGUACUUGGAAACUUAUAAUUCUAGGGUUGGAAGGGAUCUUGAGGGACAUCUCUGCCCCUGCAAGGCAGGAAUCUCGACUAAGCUUCGUAGAGAACAUGUUAUUAGCAGCGUGAGUGUGUAUAGCAGCCCAGGAUACAGUCAUGCCUCGCGUUACAGACGCUUUAGGUUGCGUUUUUUUCGAGUUACAGACUGCUGAAAGCCGGAAGUACUGGAAUGGGUUACUUCCGGGUUUCGGCGGUUGCGCAUGCACAGAAGUGCUCAAUCGCGCUUUGCGCAUGCGCAGAAGCCGCUACAGACGUUCAGCUUCCAAAAAUACCAUGCUUUUCAGUGUAUAAGACUAUGCUUUUUUACUCUAAAAUAAACCACAGAGCCUAGGACUUGCCGAUCAGAAGGUCGGCGGUUCGAAUCCCCGCAAUGGGGUGAGCUCCCCUUUUUCAGUCCCUGCUCCUGCCCACCUAGCAGUUCAAAAGCACAUCAAAGUGCAAGUAGAUAAAUAGGUACCAUUCUGGCGGGAAGGUAAACAGCGUUUCCGUGCGCUGCUCUGGUUCGCCAGAAGUGGCUUAGUUCUGCUGGCCACAUGACCCGGAAGCUGUACGCCGGCUCCCUCGGCCAGUAAAGCAAGAUGAGCGCCGCAACCCCAGAGUCGUCCGCGACUGGACCUAACGGUCAGGGGUACCUUUACCUUUUUGAUGUUCAAAAUCUGGGCUCGUCUUAUACAUGGAUAGUACAGUGGUACCUCAGGUUACAGACGCUUCAGGUUACAGACUCCGCUAACCCAAAAAUAGUACCUCGGGUUAAGAACUUUGCUUCAGGCUGAGAACAGAAAGCGUGCUACGGCAGCGGGAGGCCCCAUUAGCUAAAGUGGUACCUCAGGUUAAGAACAGUUUCAGGUUAAGAACGGACCUCCGGAACAAAUUAAGUUCUUAACCCAAGGUACCACUGUAUCUCCCCCCCCCACUUUUCUUAAAUCGGAGCCCCCCAAAAUAGGAGGCGUCUUAUAUAUGGGGGGGCGUCUUAUAGACGGAAGAUACAGUAGUUUGCAAACUGGAGCAGUCACUUCCGGGUUUCAAUCGUUUGGGAGCGGAUUUGUUCGGGAGCCGAGACAUUUGAGAUCCAAGAUAGUUGCAUUUGGUAGGGUAGGGCGCAUGGCAGAUGAGUUUAUGGAGCCGGGGGGGGGGGUGAGUUUAUGGAGCCACUGGCCUGGAGCGGGACAAGGCAGGACCCCAAAGGUGGACGCUGCCUCGUGUCCACGCUUUUGCCCUGUCCUUCUGUGUCUCCCAGAGAAACUGCAGCUUGCUCUCCAUCUCCAUGUCGUAAUUUCUGCCGGGAGGGAAGCAUCUGUGCAUCGGCUGCGAGCUUCCACAUGCCGGCUCCCCCCUCCUCGACGCAGGCCAUGCGUCGCAGAGAGGCCCUUGUCUCUCCCCUGACCCCAGCUGUAAUUACCCGCUAGAUUGAAUGUUGGAACAAUUAAUACGUCCUCGUCAAACGACGAGCCUUUUGUGAUUGCGUUUCCUCCGCACAGAGAGAGAGAGAGCUAUUUCCACGCUGCCUCGAGCCUGCGAUCAAAAUGGCAGCGUUGGUGGUCCACAGGGCAGGUGGGGGAGAGCCCCAUCCCCCCGCUGCAAAUGAUUGCGGUCGCCGGUUCGAAUCCUGCCUUAACUACUUCCGGGAAGCGGGAGCUGUUUUAUUAGGCCGCACCUGUGAUGUCUGCAAAACCCUGGGUUCAAUUUCUGGCACGUCUACAGUGGUACCUCUGGUUACGUACUUAACUCGUUCCGGAGGUCCGUUCUUAACCUGAAACUGUUCUUAACCUGAAGCACCACUUUAGCUAAUGGGGCCUCCCACUGCCGCCGCACGAUUUCUGUUCUCAUCCUGAAGCAAAGUUCUUAACCCAAGGUACUAUUUCUGGGUUAGCAGAGUCUGUAACCUGAAGCGUAUGUAACCUGAAGUGUAUGUAACCCGAGGUACCACUGUACUUAGUAAGAGUUGGAAUACCAGAGGGCCUCCUUUCUCGAUCAACCUUCCUGCUCAGUUGCUUAGCGAUAUUUCCAACCUGUCUUUAAGCACCAACUGUUUAGCGCUUCUGCGCAUGCGUGAACGCCAAAACCCGGAAGUAACCCGUUCCGUUACUUCCGGGUUUCAGCGGGUCUGUACAUCUUCCAAAUAUUUGAAGACAGCAAUCCAGUCACCUCUCAGCCUUUUAUAUGUACAGUGGUACCUCGGGUUACAGACGCUUCAGGUUACAGACUCCGCUAACCCAGAAAUAUUACCUCGAGUUGAGAACUUUGCUUCAGGAUGAGAACAGAAAUCGUGCUCCGGCGGCAGCAGCGGGAGGCCCCAUGAGCUAAAGUGGUGCUUCAGGUUAAGAACAGUUUCAGGUUAAGAACGGACCUCCGGAACGAAUUAAGCACUUAACCUGAGGUACCACUGUAUUUAGCUUUCUGUGUUUUUUUGUGUUGUUUUAAUUUGCGUAAGCCUGCUUCGAGCCCCAGUCUGAGGGGGGGGGGCGCCGCAGGAUAUAAAUAUAAUGAUAACUUUAAUAAUUGUUCCUUUUGCUUUUGAGAGUGAAGCAUCGAGAGGAGUCUGCAGACCCGUUUUCUGUUUUAAAUUUAAUGUAAAAUAAAGAACGAAACGGAAAAUCAAUGGACUGGCCAGCUUGUUCUGUUUUAUACGAGUCUUUGUAGUGGCUCUUAAGACCAUUUUAGUCUGGUGAGCUUUUCAAAGAAACAGAACGAAACUUCAGAACUUUAACAGUAAUUGCACCUCCCUGUGUUCAAUCUGCUGAUAUAUAUAUAUAUAUCGCCCAGUUUAGUGUUAUUUCUCUAGAACUGGCCUUUAAUCUGUCUCGAUUGAGAUACUUGUCUUCCAAACUGGCUUAUCACAGAAAUGUGGGGUGUAGAUCAUAGAAUCGUAGAAUCUUAGAGUUGGAAGGGAUCCAGCGGUCAUCUAGUCCAACCCCCUGUGAUGCAGGAAUCUUGGCUAAAGCAUUCCUGACAGAUGCCCACCCAACCUCCGCUUAAAAUCCCCCAAGGAAGGAGAGUCCGCCAUCUCUUGUGGGAGUCUGUUCCACUGCCGAACAGCUCUUACUGUCAGAAAGUUUUUCCAACUGUUUAGUCGGAAUCUUCCUUUCUUGUCACUUGAAGCCACGGGUUCGAGUCCUCCCCUCCAGAGCAGGAGAAAAUAAGCGUGCUCCCUCUUCCGUGUGACAGCCCUUCAGAUAUUUGAAGAUGGCUCUCAUAUCUCCUCUUUUCCAAGAUAAACAUACCCAGCUCCUUCGACCGUUCCUCAUCAGGCUUGGUUUCCAGACCCUAGAUCAUCUCGGUCUCCCUCCUCUGCCCACCUUCCAGCUUGUCAACAUCCUUCUUAAAUUGUGGUGCCCAGAAUUGGACACAGCAUUCCAGGUGUGGUCAGUGUAUUCCAGGCAGAAUAGAGUGGGACUAUGACUUCCCUGGGACACGGGUGGUGCUGUGGAUUAAACCACAGAGCCUAGGAAUAGGUCAGCGGUUCGAAUCCCCACAACGGGGUGAGCUCCCAUUGUUCUGUACCAGCUCCUGCCAACCUAGCAGUUCGAAAGCACCUCAAAGUGCAAGUAGAUAAAUAGGUACCGCUCCGGCGGGAAGGUAAAUGGCGUUUCCGUGUGCUGCUUUGGUUCGCCAGAAGCGGCUUAGUCCUGCUGGCCACAUACCCGGAAGCUGUACGCCAGCUCCCUCGGCCAGUAAAGCGAGAUGAGCGCCGCAACCCCAGAGUCGGCCAUGACUGGACCUAAUGGUCAGGGGUCCCUUUACAUUUACUUUAUGACUUCCCUUGAUCUGGACACUAGAUUCCUGUUUGAUGCAGCCUGCAAUAGCAUUAGCCUUUUUUGCUGCUGCAUCACACGGCGGGCUCAUGUUCAGCUUGUGGUCCACCAAGACCCCUAGAUCCUUUUCACAUGUACUGCUAGCAAGCCAGGUGUCCCCCAUCCUGGUUCUUCCUGCCUAAGUGCAGAACCUUACAUUUGUCCCUGCUGAAAUUCAUUUUCUGAGUCUGGGCCCAGUUCUCCGGUCCAUUACAGUCCUGAAAUAAUAUAUGCGUUUCCCUUUCAGAUCUUCCACAUGACCUACGACCUGGCCAGCGCCGUCAUGAGGAUCAUCAACCUCAUUGGAAUGAUGCUUCUCCUGUGUCACUGGGAUGGCUGUCUUCAGUUCCUGGUUCCCAUGCUCCAAGAUUUCCCCAGCGACUGCUGGGUCUCCAUCAAUGGGAUGGUGGUGAGUCCGGUUGCCUCGACAUCUCCCCCCUCUUGGCUCUUGCUACCGGGAGCCGGCCUCAAUAAUAAUAAUAAUAAUAAUAAUAAUAAUUUAUUAUUUAUACCCCUGAGUUUCCCCAGCCACUCUGGGCGGCUUCCAAUCAAGUGUUAAAAACAAUACAGCGUUAAAUAUUAAAAACUUCCCUAAACAGGGCUGCCUUCAGAUGUCUUUUAAAGAGAAGAUAGCUGCUUAUUUCCUUGACAUCUGAAGGGAGGGCGUUCCACAGGGCGGGCGCCACUACCGAGAAGGCCCUCUGCCUGGUUCCCUGUAACCUCACUUCUCGCAGGGAGGGAACCACCAGAAGGCCCUCGGUGCUGGACCUCAGUGUCCGGGCAGAACAAUGGGGGUGGAGACGCUCCUUCAGGUAUACUGGGCCAUUUAGGGCUUUCAAGGUCAGCACCAACACUUUGAAUUGUGCUCGGAAACGUACUGGGAGCCAAUGCAGAUCUCUCAGGACCGGUGUUAUGUGGUCCUGCUCCGUCGCUUCCGGGUUGCCACGGAGCGCAACUCAAACACGCUCAUCCCGAAGCACAUUCAACCCGAGAUAUGACUGUACAUAAAUUUGGCACUGGUUGAGUUAGUACAGUGGACGCUCAGGUUGCGAACGUGAUCCGUGUGGGAUGCACAUUCGCGACCCGCCUCCGUGCACGCGCGGGUUGCGAUUCGACGCUUCUGUGCAAAGCUCGAUUUAGCGCUUCUGCACAUGUGCGACUGUUGAAACCCGGAAGUAACCCGUUCCGGUACUUCCAGGUUUCGGCAGUGCGCAACCGGAAAAACCGCAACCUGAAGCGGCUGUAACCCGAGGUAUGACUGUAAUAGCGAAAACACAGACCUGUCAGACAGGAGCACUGGCUGCCUGCUUCCUCCUGUGUCUCAGUCUCAGUCAGUUUUAUUGCUCAUAGUCAAAGGCUGCCGCAAUGUACACAGAAUUAUUUGGCAAUUAAAAGAAAAUAUACUGAAUUAAUAAAAAAGACUUAAAACAUUUAUAUUAUCAAAACAUUACGUACUCUAAACAGAGCUAUAAAGGUACCCCAAUGUACAAAUCAAGACAUUAAACAAUAAAAUUCGUAAGCUAAAAUCAUCACAUGGUCACUAAUGUUAAAAGCAAUGUCAAUUAAUACAGUGUGCAAUUUAUAAAGAGUUUGGUGACAAAGAUAAAGCAUAGCCUGAGGUAGAUAGAUAGGAUCAAAUAAAUUCAUCUCCUUUACAGUUAAUGGCUACCUUGGCUAUAUAAUUUGCUCUACUUUUCCUAGCAGCAGUUGCAUAAAGUGCUACACGCCAGGUCACAUACUUAUCUGUGUCUGCGAGGAGAUAUAAAAUCAUGUCCGAGGGGUUCUGGCCAGGGGACCUUGUCAUUAUAGGUACUAAAAAUCUUUUUCUUGCAUCAUUAUAUAAGGGACAGUGCAAGAUAUAAUGCAUAAGGUCCUUUACUUCAGCACAUCCCCUAAUGCAGACACGUUCGUUUUUUGGUAUGCCUCUGUGUCUCCCAUCUCUAUAAGCAGAGCUUAUUGUAUUUAGUCGUAACUCUGUAAAAGCUUUCUGAAGUUGUGCAAAAGUCAAUUCAUUAAAAUAAGUGUACAUUCUCGGCCUUUUGGCUAAGAUCAAGUGUAGCUUCCUCCUGUGACCUGCCUCUCUCUCUGUUCCAGAACGACUCCUGGAGCGAACUCUACUCUUUCGCUCUCUUCAAGUCAAUGAGCCACAUGUUGUGCAUUGGUUACGGCCGCCAAGCCCCGGAGAGCAUGACCGACAUCUGGCUGACCAUGCUGAGCAUGAUCGUGGGAGCAACGUGCUAUGCCAUGUUCAUUGGCCACGCCACAGCCCUCAUCCAGUCUCUCGAUUCCUCCCGGCGCCAGUAUCAAGAGAAGGUAUAUAUUGGGCAGGGAAGGCGAGGUUGCGCAAAGACGCCUGGUCCGUUGGGUGGCGUUUCCGCGGCUGAGACAGGCCAACCAGCGGCUCGGAUCCCAUUUAAUAAUAAUAAUAAUAAUAAUUUAUUAUUUAUACCCUGCCCAUCUGGCUGGGUUUCCCCAGCCACUCUGGGCGGAUUCCAACAAAACACUAAAAUACAAUAACCUAUUAAACACUAAAAGCUUCCCUAAACAGGGCUGCCUUCAGAUGUCUUCUAAAAGUUUGGUAGUUCUUUUUCUCUUUGACAUCUGGUGGGAGGGCGUUCCAGAGGGCGGGUGCCACCACCGAGAAGGCCCUCUGCCUGGUUCCCUGUAACUUGGCUUCUCGCAGGGAGGGAACUGCCAGAAGGCCCUCUGCGCUGGACCUCAGUGUCCAGGCAGAACGAUGGAGGUGGAGACGCUCCUUCAGCGUCUUGUCCCAGCGUUUCCUUGUCCCAGGGAGAGCACGAGUGUGACAAACCUCAUACGUUCCUGCUCUUUCGCAUUUAUUCCUACGGCGGUAGAUUGCUCCUGAAUGUGGAAGCUCCAUCUAGCUGGGAACAAGGAAAGCAGAAACAGAGCCCUGCGGUCAUUUCCAUUACAACCUCUCCUUUUUCCCACUGCCCUGAGACACAGAAGAUAUGAUUUUAUUUAAUCUAUCGAUAUGUAUGUCAAUAUAUAGGGAGCAAUAAGGUCUCCUAUUUACCGUAUUUUUCGCUCUAUAAGACGCACCAGACCACAAGACGCACCUAGUUUUUGGAGGAGGAAAACAAGAAAAAAAAAUAUUCUGAAUCUCAGAAGCCAGAACAGCAAGAGGGAUCGCUGUGCAGUGAAAGCAGCAAUCCCUCUUGCUGUUCUGGCUUCUGGGAUAGCUGUGCAGCCUGCAUUCGCUCCGUAAGACGCGCACACAUUUCCCCUUACUUUUUAGGAGGGAAAAAGUGAGUCUUAUAGAGCAAAAAAUACGGUAAUUUUUCCUUCAGAACCAAGAGUCUUUUAAGAUCUCAAUCUUCUUUUCUUUUGAUCAGAUUUUUUUGUUGAGAUUUUCCCAUAAUAACAGUAAAAUUGCAGCUGUGUGGGGGGGAGGGAAGAAGGAAAGAAAGGAACAAUAGAAAUAAAGGGAAGAAAGAGAGAGAAAUGGAAAAAUAAAUGCAGCAAUAAAUGAAAAAAUAUUUCCACAUGGUGUUUACGUGAAAGAACACAGGAUUGCAGUAUUAAAAACCUCCGACCCAUGCGAACAUCCGUCUUCUCUGCUUUCUGUUAAAGAAUAAUUAUUUUCAAUUGGGGAAUCUUUCCUUUCCUUUCCCUGUGAAAAUCUUUAAAGGAUAGACGACAGCUUGGUUUUAGAGCCGACGGCUGGAGGCUGUUUUGACCAGCCCUCUUCCUGUCUCCUGAAGCAAAAGGCUCUUUUUCUGACAACCUUGUUGGGUCCUCAGAGGCACCCCCACCACCAACCCCCCCCCCCGCUUCGACUGAGUGAUCUCCGGAUGCGACUGCCAACUGUCUUCUGACAGCCAUGGCCUCGUGGGGUUGGCGAUUGGUGCAAGAUGCAGAAAGCAAAGAGAAUUCACUCUUGCCAACGCCUUGGCAUUCGUGCUAGGCAAAUCUGUAGGGCAAAUCUCACCUUCUUAGGCUUUUUAGGUCAAGUGGUUUUUCAGGCCGUGGUGAAGAUCUCUAGCUUUCUAUCUUUCACAAGAGAAGGCGGCUUAUUAAGGAGGUUGCCGUCUCAAAGAAAGGACUGUUUUGCCUGUUUUCUUUCCAUCUAUAUGGGCUUUCCUGGCGUCCAAUGAUGCUGGUAGCUUCGAUGACACUGUCCCACCAUCUCGUCCUCCAUUGUCCCCUUCUCCUUGUGCCCUCCAUCUUUCCCAACAUCAGGGUCUUUUCCAGGGAGUCUUCUCUUCUCAUGAGGUGGCCAAAGUCUUGGAGCCUCAGCUUCAGGAUCUGUCCUUCCAGUGAGCACUCAGGGCUGAUUUCCUUCCGAAUGGAGAGGUUUGAUCUUCUUGCAGUCCAUGGGACUCUCAAGAGUCUCCUCCAGCACCAGAAUUCAAAAGCAUCCAUUAUUUGGCGAUCAGCCUUCCUUAUGGUCCAGCUCUCACUUCCGUACAUCACUAUUGGGGAAACCAUAGCUUUAACUAUACGAUAUAUCUGCUUAGCUUAGCUUAACUUUGUGAAAUCAGUCUACAGAUAUCAAUAAAUGAAGGGUUCAAAAUGCCUCCGCGCUCACUGCAGUUUCUCUCUCUUCUCCCCACAGUACAAGCAAGUCGAGCAGUAUAUGUCUUUCCACAAGCUUCCUGCCGACUUCCGACAGAAAAUCCACGAUUACUAUGAGCACCGCUACCAAGGCAAGAUGUUCGAUGAGGACAGCAUUCUUGAGGAACUGAACGAGCCUCUGAGAGAGGUAAGAGUUGUCUUUGGACCCCGGGGAAAAAGAGGCCAGCUUGUGAAAUGGGUUAUGGUUACGGUUUAAAGGCUGGCUUUUUAAACUGGGGUGGCGCUGUGGGUUAAACCACAGAGCCUAGGACUAGCUGAUCAGAAGGUUGGCGGUUCGAAUCCCCGCAAUGACGGGGUGAGCUCCCAUUGCUCGGUCCCUGCUCCUGCCCACCUAGCAGUUCGAAAGCACGUCAAAGUGCAAGUAGAUAAAUAGGUACCACUCCGGCGGGAAGGGAAACAGCGUUUCUGUGCGCUGCUCUGGUUCGCCAGAAGCGGCCUAGUCCUGCUGGGCACAUGACCCAGAAGCUGUACGCCGGCUCUCUCGGCCAAUAAAGCGAGAUGAGCACCGCAACCCCAGAGUCGUCCGCAACUGGACCUAACGGUCAGGGGUCCCUUUACCUUUACUAAUAAUUAUAAAUAGCAGAAUGUAGGCACCCUAUAUAUAGAAAGGAGCAAACCAGGGAUAUUUUAGGGAGCAGGCUAGCAGGCGGGCCCCAUGACUUACAUCACAGGAGCCUACACAAAGCAAUGUUGCUGGAUGUAGGAUUUAUUUUAUUUGUUUUUUAUCUUACAUUUUGGAAAUGUACGUCUUGUUGUUGUUUUUUCCUUAAAUUUUUUUGGGGGCCCCCAAGAGAGUGGGGCCCAAAGCUAUAGCUUGUUUAGCUUAUAAAUAGCAGAAUGUAGGCAACCUAUGAAAAGGGACGCGGGUGGUGCUGUGGGUUAAACCACAGAGCAUAGGGCUUGCUGAACAGAAGGUUGGUGGUUUGAAUCCCUGCGACUGGGUGAGCUCCCGUUGCUCGGUCCCUGCUCACCGCCCACUGUUCCUUUUCCUGCCCUUCUCCCCAGGAGAUUGUCAACUUCAACUGCCGCAAACUGGUGGCCUCCAUGCCUCUCUUCGCCAACGCUGACCCCAACUUCGUCACCGCCAUGUUGACGAAGCUCAAGUUUGAGGUCUUCCAGCCAGGCGACUACAUCAUCCGGGAGGGCACCAUUGGCAAGAAGAUGUAUUUUAUCCAGCACGGUGUGGUCAGUGUCCUCACCAAGGGCAACAAGGAGAUGAAACUCUCAGACGGCUCCUAUUUUGGAGGUGAGGCUCAGGGUCUAAAAUAUAGGGCAUGGGGGGUUGUCAUUUCCUCUCCCUAAAUGUUGUUUAGUCGUUUAGUCGUGUCCGACUCUUCGUGACCGCCUGGACCAGAGCACGCCAGGCCCUCCUGUCUUCCACUGCCUCCCGCACUUUGGUCAAACUCAUGCUGGUAGCUUUGAGAACACUGUCCCACCAUCUCGUCCUCUGUCGUCCCCUUCUCCUUCUGCCCUCCAUCUUUCCCAACAUCAGGGUCUUUUCCAGGGAGUCUUCUCUUCUCAUGAGGUGGCCAAAGUCUUGGAGCCUCAGCUUCAGGAUCUGUCCUCCCAGUGAGCAUUCAGGGCUGAUUUCCUUCCGAAUGGAGAGGUUUGAUCUUCUUGCAGUCCAUGGGACUCUCAAGAGUCUCCUCCAGCACCAAAAUUCAAAAGCAUCCAUUCUUUGGCGAUCAGCCUUCUUUAUGGUCCAGCUCUCACUUCCAUACAUCACUAAUGGGAAAACCAUAGCUUUAACUAGACGGACCUUUGUUAGCAAGGUGAUGUCUCUGCUUUUUAAGAUGCUGUCUAGGUUUGCCAUCGCCUUUCUCCCAAGGAACAGGCGUCUUUUAAUUUCCUUAAAUGAGGUCCCUAUAAAUAGCCCCAGGGAGAGAGGGGAAGGGAUUCAAAGCUUGCUUCUCACCCUAUGAUUUUAUUAUUCCUUCUCCAGCAUGCCAGCCACGAAUGCAACUGCACUGAACCCUUGUUUUUUGUGGGGAGGGGGGUUGUUCCUAAUUCCCCCCCCCUGCAAUUUGGCAUUGACUACGUUGACAAGCACCCACAAAGGCCAAAUCAAAGCUCCCUAGACUGUAUCGUCCCCCCCCCCCCAAAAUGCAGAUAGAGUCUCCAUUUCAGCAUCGACAUCCCAGCUCUCGUUUCCUGGGAAACAGCAGGGAAACCAUGGCUUGCAAAAACGGUGUAAAAUAAAAAAAUAAAGCAGGAACUAAACAUGGAUGAUAUGGACAGGGAAUUUGAACUUCACAACUCACCCCCCCCAACAAAAAUACUAUGACCAGUUCCUUCCUUGUCUCCACCCCCUUCUCAUCCUGGGCAAGUGACUCACAUUUAAUGCCAUAAUGCCAGGGGGACAAAUUAACUUCCUUCCGCAGGGCCUGUAAGACAGAGCUAUUCCGCCUGGCUUUCAAUCUGAACUUGGCCUGAUCUUUUAUUCCCCUUCAUUCCCUCCCUCUCCCCUUUUUAUGAAGAUUACCCGCUCUGGGAUCCCACAGCUAAUUCUCCCCUGGUCUCCUCACUGGCCCAAGUAGGACUAAUUUAGCCAGCUAGCCCUGGCGAUCAUCUAAUGUUUAUUGGAUGGAUUCCCCCCCAAAUUGAUUUUUACUUCUCAAUUUAUUCGGAAUUUAUUUUUCGAAAUUUAUUUGAAUUUAUUUUUAAUUCUGAAUUUUUAUUUUAUGCUGUUUUUGGUUGCGUCAAUUAAGUGUUUUAAAUUUGUUGUUAGCCGUCCUGAGCCCGGGAAGGGCAGGGUAUAAAUAAAAAUGUCUUAUUAUUAUUAUUUAUUACCUUCUAGGCAGGGUAGAUAAAAAUCAAUUAUUUUUUUAAAUUAAAAAAAAUGGAUCUAAAAAUGUUAACCAUUUCCUCCUGCAUCUUUUAUAAUAAUCUAAAUCCAUUGUAUCCAAAAUUCACCAUUACACUACGAGCGUCGUUCCACCCCUACUAACGAUUCUAACUGCUUACGAUGGUUUUUAAGAUGAAUUAUAAAUUUUCCACAUUUAAUAAUAAUAAUAAUAAUAGAAUGUGGAAAAUUAAAAUAUUAUUAUUAUAUGUAAUAUAAAUCUUUUGCCCUUUUACUAAAGAUAUAAAUCUUUCCCCCUUUUAUUAAAUUAUUAUUAUUAUUAUUAUUAUUAUUACUACUACUACUACUACUACUUAUACCCCACCCAUCUGGCUGGGUUUCCCCAGCCACUCUGGGCAGCUCCUAACAUAUUAUCCAAAACACAAUAAAACAUCAAACAUUAAAAACUUCCCUAAACAGGGCUGCCUUUGUAUGCCUUCUAAAAGUCAGAUAAUUUUGGUUUUCCCGAUUACUGAUUCUUCCGGUCCUUUUUGCCAUUUCGGCGUAAAUCCAUCGACUUAAUCUGCCAUUCUGCGAUUCCUGGACCUUUUCCAAUUUUACAGUAAGUUUUUUGAGGUGAUACGGUGUCAUAGCUGUCAACCGUCUCUUAUUUGGCGGGAAAGUCCUUUAUCCCAGUGCCGCAUCCCGCUGCUGUCCCUUAUUGAUGAUGUCCCUUAAAUUUCCCGGGUUUCAAAGGAAGCAGCUCCUCUCCCUCCCUCCCUGCUGGCCAGGGAGGAGGGAGGCUCCAACUGUGUUGCUUGGCUGUGUUGCUCACCCAAUAAGGAGCCUAAGAACGACUGGGGGGUGGAGCUUGCAUGCCUUGUGCCGAUCAAAUCGGCCGCGUUGCCUGGGGACUCGCCUUUGCUCAGCGCUUCCCAGCGGAGAGGUGACGGUGGUUUUCCUUGCUGCAUCCCCUUGCCGGGUUGCUGCGCUGUGGGAACCACCGCUUGAGGCUUCGUUUGGCUGCUGGCUGGGCUUUCUGCCUUUGGCUCGGAGGGGCUCAGAAGUUGAACAUACCUGUGCUUGGAAAAUCCCUUAUUUUGGCUGCUGAUCCCUUAUUUCCGAGGCUGCUGGUCCCUUAUUUUCAAAUCUGUAAGUUGACAGCUAUGUACGGUGUGGUGGGGUUUUAUUCCCUUGGCGGGGGUUGCGACCGAAAUCCGUGUUGCCUGUGUGUGUUUGUGUGCUGGAAAAAAAAAGCUUUUCCCCUAUCUUGCCUUGCAGAAAUCUGCUUGCUGACCAGAGGCCGGCGUACCGCCAGCGUCAGAGCAGACACGUACUGCCGCCUCUACUCCCUCUCGGUGGACAACUUCAACGAAGUCUUGGAGGAAUAUCCCAUGAUGAGACGAGCUUUCGAAACAGUCGCCAUCGACCGCCUGGACCGCAUAGGUAUUUUGUGGGGUCCCCCACCCCAUGGGGGAAAUUCUGCCCCAUUCCUCGACUUCAGAAGGGAUAGUAGAGCCUUGGCAGACUACUAAUAAUUAUAAAUAGCAGAAUGUAGGCAUCCUGUAUAUAGAAAGGAGCAAACCAGUGAUAUUUUAGGGAGCAGGCGGGACCCAUGACUUACCGUAUUUUUUGCUCUAUAAGACUCACUUUUUCCCUCCUAAAAAGUAAGGGGAAAUGUGUGUGCGUCUUAUGGAGCGAAUGCAGGCUGCACAGCUAUCCCAGAAGCCAGAACAGCAAGAGGGAUUGCUGCUUUCACUGCGCAGCGAUCCCUCUUGCUGUUCUGGCUUCUGAGAUUCAGAAUAUUUUUUCUUGUUUUCCUCCUCCAAAAACUAGGUGCGUCUUGUGGUCUGGUGCGUCUUAUAGAGCGAAAAAUACGGUACAUCCUAGGAGCCUGCACAACCAUAGCUGUUAACUUUUCCCUUUUCUUGCGAGGAAUCCUAUUCGGAAUAAGGGAAUUUCCCUUAAAAAAAGGGAAACGUUGACAGCAAUGUACACAACACAAAACACUGUUGCUGGAUGUAGGUUUUAUUUUAUUUGUUUUUUAUCUUAUAUUUUGGAAAUGUACAUCCAGAGUUUUUUCCAAAGGGCCCCUCUAUUCUAGCAUCUUGCCCUUGAUCAGAAUCAGAAUUGUAGAGUCGGAAGGGACCCCGUGAGGCAUCUAGUCCAGCCCCCUGCAGUGCAGGAAUCUUUCACCCAACCUGGGGCUCGAACCCACAACCUUGAGAUUAUUGGAAGAGCUUUGGUGGGUCAGGCCAGUGGCCCGCCACCCUUGUCCGGCAGCCUGACCAACCAGAUCAGAAAAAGUCUCCACGGGAUUCGAACACAAGACUCUCCCCGCUUGCGGUUUCCGGCAGUACCACUUUUUGCACCACUGAGAGUGAUGAUGAUGAUGAUCAUCUUCAUCUUCUUUGGCGAUCACUGGUAGCCGAGUUUGUCUUCCAUAAACACGGUUUUAACAGUGAGUCCGUAAGUGACUGUGGAGGCCAAUUCUGGAUCCCCACGUCCUUCCACAGUGGGGACAUUGGUUUCCAGGUGGGAGUUGAUCCCGGUGUGGAUUUGCCAAGCGUGCCUUCCUCUUAGCACGUUUCUCCCUUGCGUCUUGAGUUCGAGUGUCUUCAAAGCCCAUGACAUCUUUGGUAAAGGCUGUUCUCUAACUGGAGCGCUCGCAGGCCAGUGUUUCCCAGUUGUCGGUGUUUAUACUACAUUUUUAAAGAUUUGCCUUGAGAGGGCCUUUAAACCUUGACCGUCAGCAUGAUGCUUUCCAUUUUUAAGUUCGGAAUACAGGAGCUGCUUUGGAAGACGAAAAUCAGGGAUCCGAACGACAUGACCAAUGAGAGACAAUGGCUCUUAAAGUGAACCAUUCACAGUGGGAUCAGGUGUUAAACAGGAUAUUUAAAAGAUGAAGAAGUAGGAUUUGCGAGAAGCGAGGUGACAGGGAACCAGGCAGAGGGCCUUCUCGGUGGUGGCUCCUGCCCUGUGGAACGCCAUCCCACCAGAUGUCAAGGAAAUAAACCACUAUCUGACAUUUAGAAGACACCUGAAGGCAGCCCUGUUUAGGGAAGUUUUUAAUGUUUGAUGUUUUAUCGUGUUUUUAAUAUUCUGUUGGGAGCCGCCCAGAGUGGCUGGGGAGGCCUGGCCAGAUGGAUGGGGUACAAAUAAAAAAAUCAGUAUUAUUUUGUGUUAUCGCCCCAACUCUAUUCAUUAUUUUCAUUGCCAUGAUCCUACACUUUGUCCAAUCAAAAGAUCCCAUCAACGGCGUCUCCGAGAAAUUGUACACAACCCUUGGGAAGACAGGUGAACUAAUGCCAGUGUACUGGAAGAAGCAAUGAUUCUCCAACAACAACUUUGUUGGACUGGUCAUGGUUUUCGGAUGCCUGAUUAUCGACUUCCAAAGCAACUCCUCUAUUCUGAACUUUAAAAUGGGAAGCGUAACGCUGGUGGUCAACAAAAGAGGUUUAAAGACUGUCUCAAGGCAAAUCUUAAAAAAUGUAGUAUAAACACCGGCAACUGGGAAACACUGGACUGCAAGCACUUCAACAUCAAUGAUAAUUGACUUCGAAGUUAAAUCCUUCGAAGACAGAGGUCCUUUGGCUGGGUCGGGAUGAUAUGGGAUUGGAGGGGCAACUCCCAUCUCUUGCGGGGGCGCAAUUAGUGCCAGCGCCGUCCAUUAAGAGUUUGGGUAUAAUCUUUGACACCUCCCUUUCCAUGGAGGCGCAGAUUGUAGCUAUAACAAAGGUGGCAUUUUUUAAUCUCCGCCAAGCUAAGCAGUUGGCUCCUUACCUCUCUCACCCUGACCUAGCCACUGUGAUCCACGCGACGGUCACCUCCAGACUGGAUUAUUGUAACUCGCUCUACGCAGGGCUGCCCUUGAGACUGACCCAGAAACUUUAGCGGGUGCAGAAUGCCGCGGCGAGACUCCUUACAGGGUCCUCGCUGCGAGAUCACAUUCACCCGGUGCUAUACCAGCUGGCCACGUGACCCGGAAGUGUCUCCGGACAGCGCUGGCCCCCGGCCUCUUAAGUGAGAUGGGCGCACAACCCUAGAGUCGGACACGACUGGCCCGUACGAGCAGGGGUACCUUUACCUUUACCUUUAUACCAGCUGCACUGGCUCCCGGUGGAGUACAGGAUCAGGUUUAAGGUGCUGGUUUUAACCUUCAAAGCCCUAUACGGCCUAGAACCCUUGUACCUACGGGACCGCCUCUCCUGGUAUGUCCCACAGAGGGACCUACGAUCUUCAAACAAAAACAUCUUGGCGGUCCCAGGCCACAGAGAGGUUAGGCUGGCCUCAACCAGAGCCAGGGCCUUUUUGGCUGUGGCCCCGAUCUGGUGGAACGCUCUGUCACAAGAGACUAGGGCGCUGCGGGACUUGACAUCUUUCCGCAGGGCCUGCAAGACAGAGCUGUUCCACCAGGCCUUUGGCCAGGGCACAGCCUGACUCCCUCCUUUGGCGAUCUUCACAGAACUCUAGCCCAAUGGUUGCCAUCAAUUUGAUUUGAAUUAAUUUUAUAAUGAAAUGAUUUUAGAAUGUUGUAUUAUUUUAUUGUUGUUAGCUGCCCUGAGCCUGGCUUCGGCUGGGGAGAGCGGGAUAUAAAUAAAAAUUUUUUAUUAUUAUUAUUAUUAUUAUUAUUGUUGUUGUUGUUGUUUUUUAAAUUAAUAUUUAUUGAAGUUUCACAAAGAAUAAAAUCACAUUGAUAAAAAAGAAAAAUCUGAAAAUAAAGAAGAGUUGGUGGAAGAAGAUUGGAAGAAAUUUAAAGAUUAUUUACAGAAAUAUUGCAAAAUUAAUGAAUGUUAGAGUGAUGUUGGAUUGAAGUUAACUGGCUUCUAGCUGUACAGGCUUCAAAGUUAUAAAUAUAUCAAGAUUAAGGAUUAGGAUUAAAAAGGUUAAAAGAAUGGAAAAAUUGGUUUUUAAUAGGUAAAAACUUAAUGUUACAAUAUAUUAAGAUUAAGGAUUGGGAUUAAAAAGGAGGGAAAGAAAUUGCUGGACUAACAAACUGAAUUGGAAUACAAAAGAGGGAGGUAUGAGGAAGUCUGGGAAACAAGUAAAUCUAAAAAAAGUUAUGAAAAGACGGAAUUGUUUUUAACUGUUUUUCUUUUUUCAUUUAUCUUUUUGUAUUUUGUAUUUUGUAUUAUUAUUAUUAUUGUUGUUGUGUUGUUGUUUUGUUGUUGUUGUUGUUAAUAAUAUUAUUAUUAUUAUUAUUAUUAUUAUUAUUAUUAUUUUUAUUAUGCUAUAAUGUUGACCCUCUCUCCUUUGCCCCCUCUCCCCGCCAGGCAAGAAGAACUCCAUCCUGCUGCACAAAGUCCAGCACGACCUCAACUCGGGCGUCUUCAACAACCAGGAGAACGAGAUCAUACAAGAGAUCGUCCGCUACGACCGUGAGAUGGUGCAACAGGCAGAACUCCAUCAUCACGCGGCCAUGUUUGCCCCAGCGCCCCAGCCCCAGGUGACGUCGGCCAUCGCCACGCUCCAGCAGGCCGUGGCCAUGAGUUUCUGCCCGCAGAUGGCCAGCCCGUUGGUGGGGCCCUUGGGACUGGGCUCCCCGCGCAUGGUGCGCCGGCUGCAGUACCAAGGCGCCGUCCCGGGGCCCUUCGCCAUCUCGCCGGCCCUGCUGCAGCAACACCAGCAGCUCAACCUGCAGCAGCAACAACAACAGCAGCAACAGCAGCAGCAACAACAACACGGCGCGCCGCAGCCGCCACAGCGUCCGCCGCAGCAGCAGCCUCCCGCCCCCUUCCCCGCCGUGGCGCCCAGGCCGCCCGUCCAAAGCCCCCUGGCCAGCCGGACGUUCCCCUAUGGCGGCGCCAAAGGCCAGUCGGGCUCCCAGCUCUCGCUGACUCAGCAGAAGGCGCCCGGCUCGCCGCAGCGGCUAGCGGCGCACAAAAGCACGCAGGCGCUCCCCACCAGCAGCCUGAGCCAGGAGACGCGCCCGCUCUCGGCCUCGCAGCCGUCGCUGCCACACGGCGUCUCUCAGACCAUGGGCCAAAGCCCGCCGCCGUCCGCCGGCGAGUCCUCUUCCUCCAUUGCGGCGGGGCAAGGCCAAGGGGCGUCCCCGGCCUCCUCUUCCCCCUCGCCGGCCCCCUCUGCCCAGAGCCCUGGAGGUACGCCCCGGGGGGCUGCGCCUCCGCCCCGCGGGGGCCUGCCCCACCCGGUGCCCGUGGGCUCCCCUACGCCGCCGCCGCCGCCAGCGGACUCGGGCGGCACCCGCAAGGACUCUGCCAUUAGCACGCCCGACACGGACCCAGCAAAAUCCAGGCUUCCUUCCAACUUGUGA